AUGACUAUGACAAAAAUAUCAGAAGAUAAUAUAUUUUUAGGUAAUGAUGUUUUGACAGAUGACCAGAAGAAAAAAUAUUUGAUGGAUGGAUAUAUUGUUAUCAAAAAUUGUGUAUCUAAAUAUGAAAUUGAUAGAUAUUAUAAACGUUUUGAAGAUAUAUGUAAAGGAAAAAUCAAAAUACCAACAUUAACUAUUAUGAGAGAUAUCUCAACACUUCAAGAAGAAUUUGAGGGUGAAAAAGUUGUUAGUAAAAUACAAGAUUUUAAUGAUGAUGAAAUUUUAUUUAGUUAUUGUUGUUAUCCAACAAUAAUUAAUGUUGUUAAAGAUUUAAUUGGUAAUGGUUUAAAAAACCCAACAAUUUUAUCGAUGCAUACAAUGUUAAUUAAUAAACCACCUGAUACAGGUAAACUUACAUCACGUCAUCCAAUGCACCAAGACUUAAAUUAUUUUCCAUUUCGUCCACCAUCUGGUAUUUGUUGUGCCUGGACAGCUAUGGAAAAUAUUAAUAGAUCAAAUGGUUGUUUAGUUGUUAUUCCUGGUUCACAUAAAGGAGAACUUCUUAAACAUUCAUAUCCUAAUUGGGAGGGUGGAGUUAAUAAGGCUUAUCAUGGUAUUCAGGAUUAUGAUCCAAAUACUCCAAGAGUACAUGUUGAAAUGGAAUGUGGUGAUACUGUAUUUUUUCAUCCAUUAUUAAUACAUGGUUCUGGUGCCAAUAGAACUAAUGGUUUUAGAAAAGCUAUUAGCUGCCAUUAUGCAAAUGACUCAAUUUGUAGAUAUAUUAAUUUAAAAGGAACAAUUCAGGAACAUGUAGAAAAUGAAAUAAUUGAAAUGGCUAAAAAAAAAUUUGAAAAAAAAGGAAUGACUGAUAUUGAGAUUACUUUUCCUGAUAUAUGGAGUUUAAGAGCCAGGACAGUUUGUGGUAAAAGAAAUCAUUUAUAA